CAUAUGUAUCAUCACUCGACUAAUUAACUUUUGCUAUUUGAGAGACACACACAAUAAAAAAAAAGGCUUGGAGAAAAUAAUUAAGAGAGAUGGAAGGUGUCUAUUUCCUCACAUUUUUUCUUAUUUUAGUUGCCUUGAUCACUUCUAAUUAUUUGGAGUCAGUUUCCGCGGCAAGGCCAGCUGCGGGAUCCAAAACAAAUAUGGAAUUUAUAAGAACAUCUUGUAAGUCAACAACUUAUCCAAACCUCUGUUUCAGUUCAUUAUCAAGCCGUUCAAGUGCUAUUGGAGUUUCUCCUCUACUUCUGGCACAUGAAUCCCUCACCGUCAGCCUCGAAACAGCCCAAUCAACAUCCGCUAUGAUGUUGAAGUUGGCACAUGGUCAAGGCAUGACGCCUAGAGAGAUAGGCGCCAUGCGUGACUGUGUAGAGGAAUUAAGUGACACAGUCGAUGAACUUAGAAAAUCUUUGGGGGAAAUGAAGCAGCUAAGUGGAAAAUAUUUUGAUCUGAAAAUGAAUGAUAUUCAAACAUGGGUGAGUGCUGCCUUGACGGCCGAGGAUACAUGUACUGAGGGAUUUGACGGAAAAGUGAUGAAUGGGAAAGUUAAAACAGUUGUGAGGGGAAAGAUUCUUGAAGUUGCACAUUUGACGAGUAAUGCUUUGGCUUUGAUCAACAGCCUUGCUGCCCUUCACGGUUAAAGUAAUUAAAAAACGACAAUUAUAUAAAUAAUAUAUAUAUUGUUGAUCUUCUUUUAGGAAAAAAGUGUAUUAUAUAUUGUUGAUCUUCUUUUAGAAAAAAAGUGUAUUAUAUAUUGUUGAUCUUCUUUUAGAAAAAGUGUACUUAAUUCAUGCUUAGUUGAUUGCUGUAAUAGAUGAGAUAGAUUGUUUGUGAUGAAUUUCUUAAAUGAAAAUGUUCCGCUAAGCCAUAAAUCGGGGGUUUAUCUGAACAUCCUUCGAUAAAAAAUUACAUUAUUUAUACAUUAUUAACAUUAUUUUUUAUGCAUA